UGGCGUUCAUGUUUUCCAGUUAAUCAUCUUAUAACGUUUCUGUGUGCUUUUGCUCAACAGUAGGUAGAAGGUGGCUGAUCGGCUACAAUUGCACCUAUAAUUUCAAGUUUUAACUCUUGUGUUUUUAUGUUUGUUUUUUGUUCAUUGCGUCUGCAACAGUUUACUCAAAUUGAAUUGACCCUUUUAAAAUGAACAAAAUAAAAGCUUCAUCUCAGUUAAAAAUGCUGAAAAUUGAAACUUUGGAAGACUGUUUAAGAAGCUGACGUGAAAGUUUCAAUUGAAAUUGCAAAUACUUAAAAUAAUAGUUAAAGUGGUCAAUUCAGCUGAAAGGCUCCGUUUUAGUUGUAAGUUGUACAGCCUAAAAAGAAACUGUGUGCUGCUCCAGUUAUAACAGCCAAUUAAAAAUGCUGCUGGGUCACAAUUUAAAGAAUGGUUUAAACAUAGAUGUGUAGACAUUUUCAUUUGUCACACUUUACAACCAAUCAAACACCAACAUAAGACGUCAGAGUCAUUUAUAUAUCAAAUGUCUCAUUUGAUUGCGUGAUAUUAGAGGAGAGAGGAACACAGUAUCUGCUGGUCAGAUGCUUAAAUUAUGUAAUUUAGUUGUAUACAUAUAAAGCACAUGCAUGUAUGUGCAUUCAUGGUCAUAUAUAUGUGUAUAAAUGUAUGCAUAUAUUUUGUUUUACAUUGUUUUUGUUUUUUUUGGAUAUUUCUGUACAUGUAGUUAGUGCCGGUGUAUUGUAUAUUGUAUAGCGGCUGUGGCGAUAGAAGAUGUAUAGAAAUGUAAAUAAUGAAUGAAGCAGCACUUAUAGCCACGAGCAGUUCCAUGCAAAUGCACUUUUAUUUCACCCGAGCAGGCAGACCUGGUUUCCCUUCCACAGUGGAACUAUGAGCUAAGUUUUGCAGCAGACCAGCCUGACGGACGGACGGACAGACAGACGGACAGGGGGCAGGUUGUGUGGGGGCUGCUAAAAGUAAAAACAACUGCAUCUGUGUAUACACCAUAACUACCUCAGACGUGUAUACAUUUCUACGCCAGACAGUGAGAGAUCCCUGCAAGUGGAAAAAGUGCGUCUGUUUAUUUUAAUAGUCACACUCAGUGUUUUGGCGAAUGCCUCCAAAACAUGGUGGGGAUUUAAUUCAGCGUGAGGGUUAUACAUUGAUUCGAGUUUCCACAAACUGCAGCUCCAAGCUCCUGCCAGCGCUGAACUAGGGGAAAGGCGAAUGGGCAAGCGUAGGAAAUUCUAACAAUGUUGCUCGUUGCCGUGUUUUUGCACAAAUCUCCCUUCCCGCCUUACCAGAGAGGAUUCUUCUGCAAUGACAACAGCAUCAAGCUCGCCUAUAAGAGCAGCACGGUGUCCACCACCGUGCUCACAGUCGUGGGCGUCACUGUGCCCGUGGUCUCAAUCAUCAUCGGGGAGAGCUACAGGAUCUACUUUCUGAACGAGGGUUCCAAGUCUUUUGUAGGGAACCCCUACAUCUCUGCUCUCUACAAGCAGGUGGGCGUGUUCAUCUUCGGCUGCGCCAUCAGCCAGUCCUUCACUGACAUCGCCAAAGUGUCAGUGGGCCGUAUGCGCCCUCACUUCCUCGAUGUGUGCAAACCCGACUUCUCCACCAUCAACUGCUCCCUGGGAUACAUCACUGACUAUCAGUGUCAGGGGCCGGAGAGCAAAGUUCAGGAGGCCAGGAAGUCCUUCUUCUCUGGACAUGCAUCAUUCUCCAUGUACACCAUGCUUUACCUGGUGUUUUACCUGCAGUCUCGUUUCACUUGGCACGGAGCUCGUCUGCUGCGCCCUUUGACCCAGUUCACCCUCAUCAUGAUGUCUUUCUACACCGGCCUGUCCCGGGUCUCUGAUCACAAGCACCACCCCACUGACGUCCUGGCGGGUUUUGUACAGGGAGCUCUUGUGGCCUACUGCAUAGUGUUCUACGUGUCUGAUCUGUUCAAGCCCAAAGGUAGACGUUCCACCUUAUUGCCGACCACAGUAAAGAAAGAUCUUGUUCCUCCAGCAGACAUCAGAGAGCGGAGCAACCAUCUCAUCAUGGCGUAGAGAAGACUGCAAAGUGACUGCCCUGACCUGUGCCAUUUAAAUUACUACUACAGCCACUGGCCUAUACUGGAUAGAAUAGACUCCAACAAUCUGGAUAAUGCAGAUAAAUAUGGAACCGUGAACACUCGGAGGAUAAGAGGAGAAGAAGCAGCGGAAAACAGCCCAACAAGUUUUGCUUCCUCAACGGAAAGUUUCAUGUUUUCCCUCAGUCUCACCAGACAUUUUAAUGUGGAAAAGAGAGAGGACCAGGGAUAUUUGUUCCUCUUCUGUUAUGAAGAUUAUUUGAGAUUCUCCUCUGUCGAGGCCUUUCCAUGGACAAAAGUCAGAAAUCAAAACAGAGCAGAGAAGUGGCAGCUGUAAACAAAGCCGUGUGUGGCUUUAUGGCUCCCCUCAGCUGCAUCCAGCAAUGGGAGCUAUACUAAUAUUCCUGCCACUCGCUCAGCGUGGUCAAAACAAAACACGACAAAAAAACAGAUUCCUUAAUUUCACAAAGGAUGUUGUUUUUGUUUUAUUACAAACAUAUUUUAUGUGUGAUUUAUAGCACUAUUUUAGCUCAACACAGUACUGUUUGUCACCACUUGAAUGACCUGAAGUGAAGCUUUUGGAAAGCUUUGUAAGACUUUUAGCUUUUGUUAUGUUCAUAAUGUAGUGUUUCUUAGAAGGUGCACAUAAGUUACAGUAGGUGGAAGGUACAGUGAGAGCAUACGUGUUGGAUGUGGGCCUCUUUCUGCUGGGUAGGACGAGCCCCCACUGAGCCAUUUAAUGAAAUGACUGUCUGUUAUAUGUACCAGACGGGUGCUCACAAGUGUGUGUGAGUGUGUAUGUGUGUCUCAUGUGUAUGCAUGUGUGUGUGUGUGUGUGUGGGUGAGGCCUUUCAGUGAGCGUGCCAGUGUGUCUUACUGUCAUGUCUAUAUAUUUUAGUGUUUAUAGCCUACAAGUGUGCCUCUCUUCAGCCAAUAGGCACCUGCUCCAACAGACACGUGUAACUCGAGACGGGAACACUGUGGAAAUAAAGCAUCAUAUACAGUACAUGUACUUUACUGUUACUAAUCAUAGUGAUGGUUCACAUCACUGAGAAAUCCUGUGAUAUACUGUAUGCUACACAGGCAUAUAUAUAUAUAUAUAUAUAAUUAUAUAUAUAUAUAAAGACAGGGACUUUCUUAGAGCAGUAGUUACUUCCAGUAACUUUUCACCAAAGCACAAUUUAGCAAAACAGAAAAGAAAAAAAUAAUUGUAACUGCUUAAUAUCUCAGAAAUCUUGUAAAGUAAUACAGUAGGCCUGGCAAUACGGUUCUGCAUUUUAAUAGAAAAAAUAAUAAUUAAAAAAAAAAAUAAUAAUGAUGCUAUGUUUGCAUGACGUUAAUGUAAUCAAGUUUUUAGCAAAAAAAAAAAAGAAAAAUACUUUUAAACCACUGACUGAAAGCAUCAUCCUAAUUCAGUUUUAAGUCACUGAGACAAACUUUGAUCUGACGCCUAUAGGAGAACUAGUUUUUAUAUUCAGCAUCGCAUGAUUCUGCGUGCUGCCAUAAAUUGUACAAUACUGUAUCAUGUUGUGUAUAUGCAGUAUAUCUCUCUGAAGAAACGCCCACUAUGACUUUGUGUCGAGACCUGUGUAAAUGUAAAACAUGCUGCUUUAAAGAGGCAAAGCUUGGCAAAUACAUGUCAUCCAGUAAAGUUGACAACGUGAAUAUUAAGUUUUAUAAAAAAAAAAAAAAAAAAACAAAGCUCUCAGUACAGACAGCUUGAGUACAUUUUUAUAAAAAAAAAAAAGCCUUUCAAUAUUUUUGUAAUGCCUUGUGUUUGUAUAAUGAAAAUGUAAGACGUAUGAAAGAUGAAAUGUCUUUAAUAAAACACAAAAGAUCAAAACGUUCA